AUGAUUGAUACUUCUUCGAUCCUGAUAACUGGCUAUGAUCCAAUGUCUCUAUCCAUUGAAAUGCCAGAAGUUAAAUUUGGUGAAGGUGCGGAACUCGGUGAAGGUGCGGAAAUCGGUGAAGAAGCGAUAUUCUAUAGGCAUUUUAGACCGGUGAUCUUCUGGAAGCUUCAAAACUGGAUUGGUGUUGGACUUGAGAGGAAGUUGAAAAAUGCUUUUUUCAAAUUCGAUCAAAUGUCUAAGAUGAUCAUAUCUUCAAGAAGAGAGGAGAUACGCCGCGGGAAAAGAUCUUUUAUAGUAGAGUUUUGUUAG